AAAGCGGUAACUAUAUUAAUGAUGGUUUUGUUUGCCAUUGUGCAAGCCCAAUUUUCUCCUUCCCUACCUCUUAUCCCUCCUCUACAAGCUCCUCCAGUUGGUCCUCUCCUUCCAAAUCCACAUGCAGAAGCUCCUUUGCCUCCAACAAUACCCCAACAAUCACCUCCAUUCCCUGCACUUUCCCCUCCAGAGGCUGCUCUGCUACCUCUCCAGCUUCCACUUUCCCCUCCAGUAGUUGCUUUGCCACCUCCCCAGUUUCCACUUUCCCCUCCAGAGGCUGCUCUGCCACCUCCCCAACUCCCAUUUUCCCCUCCUCCACUAGUUGCUUUGCCACCUCCCCAACUACCACUUUCCCCUCCAGAGGCUGCUCUGCCACCUCCCCAGCUUCCACUUUCCUCUCCUCCAGAGGCUGCUCUGCCACCUCCCCAGCUUCCACUUUCCCCUCCUCCAGUAGUUGCUUUGCCACCUCCCCAACUCCCACUUUCCCCUCCUCCAGCAGUUGCCUUGCCACCUCCUCUCCUCCCCAUUUCCCCUCCAUUGCCUGACUUACCUCCUCCUUCCCUUCCCUGUCCUCUCCAGAUGUUGCAUUGCCUCCUCCCACUCUUCCUCGUCCCAAGUUAUGUUAUGCAGGUUGUCUUUUUAAGUGCGCCAGAAUGAUCAGGAUUCCAUUCUUUUAUGGCCGAUGUGCGGUCAUGUGUAUGAUAAGAUGCAAGCGUCCACACUCUGAUGCUACUAAUGAUUGCACUUAUAGUUGGGUGGACUCCGGAGAUUUCUACAUAAGUACAGAUGUGAACAAAUUGGAAGGAAUUGUGGAAUCAUGCUAUGGGAUGUGUACGAAGAAAGAUUAGGUGCUUCUUGGGAGAAUUAGUAACAUUUUUUUCAUAGGGAAUAAGAUGCAAGCUAUUAACUAUGUAAUUAUCAGAUCAAGUGAAUAAGUAGUAAUAAUAAUAAGAAAGAAUGCUUUGCGGUUAUUUCAUCCUAAUUUUCAUUGUCAAUUCUUCUGUUUUAACAAGAUCUGGUUUACCCUU